AUGGCCGCAGUCCCUGGCGUGCUCAGCCCUUGGGGUUACGGUCUGAUCAAAGCCUUCGAGGGGUUCAGGGAUGACUUCUAUUGCGAUCGUGCCCCCGGUUCAACGAUAGGCCAUACACACUGUGAUCCAGGUGAAGGAACUCUUACGAUUGGCUAUGGUCACGCUUGUCAACCUGAGUCAAAUUGCCAAUCCAUCAUGGACGAGACACGACCGAUCUCAGAAGCGAGGGCCACGCAAAUCAUGAAGGGCGAUGUGGCAGUAAUGGAGCGUGCGGCGCGAGCAAUCACCGGUCCGCUCACCCAGGAUCAGUUUGACGCAAUAAUCUCCUACAUAUUCAACGUUGGCCCUGGCCCUUCACACGUGAGACCGUUGGCAACAGCCAUCAAUGGGGGAGAUUACGCCGCCGCCGAGAACGCGAUCCGCAGCGGGGUUGGGGACAAGAAGCGACGUAGUGUCGAAGCCAACGUGUUUGCAUCGUUUUCGUUUUGA